AUGCAAGAUAUCAUCAUGUUCGACACUGACGAAUUAUAUUUCGACGUUUUAGAUCUCAUUACAGCGUUUUCAAAGCUAUCGCUGAAAGACCCACCAAUCUACAACGUCCCAAAUGACAUAUUGUACAUCCUCUUCCGCCUCGUCUGCGCGGGGCCUCCUUCCUUGGAAACACUCAAGCAAGCACUGGCGCUCACGCACGUCUGCGGCUCAUGGCGUGCCCUAGCCAUCCAUAUCCCCCACCUCUGGACGUACGCUCGCAUGUUUCAUAAAACAUCUCUUGGUCACUUCGACAAGGGACCACAUAAUCGUGUUAUGGUCGUCAACUCCCUCCUCAAACGAUCGGCUCGCCUGCCCUUCGAGUUCCAUUUUCUUCGUGCGGAGUUUGUGGAUAUUUGUUGGAAUGCUGGGUCGGACGUUGCUCCAAUGUUCGAACAGGCGUUUAGCGCGAGGAGUGUGGGGUGUGAGAAGUUGCGGGUUGCGAUUCCGUCGAAUAGGCAUAUGGAUAUGCUUUUGGAUGUGGUGAAGGGGAUGAAGAUGCCCGUUCUGAAGCGGGUCGAGUGGAAUAUCGUUGGUGGUGAGCGGUUGAAUGUUGACCUUGAGCCGAGGGAGGAGGUGGAAGAUCCGGUUUAUGGACCUGAUGUGAGGAUGUUUGGGUGGCAUGCGCUCAAGCCUGGUUAUCCGCUUCCCAAGUACCAUUCCCUUCUCGGUUGGCUAGGCGCGACGUAUCGGAUAACGACUUUGUCGAUCAAGUACCUUCCUGGCGUCACCCCAGCUACCCUUCACCCCGUAUUGCUCGCUUCAAAGGAUACUCUCGUUUAUCUGGCUUUGUACAACCACCAGCCUGUGGGCGAAACGGAAUCCGCGAUUCAAUUGGAGCCAGUGUCCCUCCCGAAACUCGAGCGUGUGGAUCUUGGGUACAUCAAGCCGACCGUCUUGCUUGGGUUCGUCAAGCUGCUUUUACUUCCCGCGGUCAAACAUCUCUCUGUGCGUGAUUUCGGCGGGUGUCCAGAGACGAAUGGGCAGAUUACGCCAAAACAUUACGGGGGUAUCGGAGAAGAAUGGAACACGAAUCGGAGCAAGGACGCUUACCAGCUUCUAGUCGGCCUCGUUGACUCGGUUAUCGCCGCCCAAUCCAAGGACCGGGCUCUUGUUAAACUAGACAUGUACGGCGUCAUGUGCCGAACGACGACGCGCUUACUCGUACUUGAACCGCUUCGGGAACUGGUUCUUGGCUUGCACUCUCUUGCGAUGGUCCAAUGCGAUGGGCGGUUCCCGCAGCUUUUGAACAUCAUCACCUAUGGGUGCUCCCCACGCCAUUUGAAGAGCCUGAAGGACCUGGUGAUGACUGGCCAUCCUGUGCAUACGAUGUUGCUCGAUUAUCUGCGUACGCGGAAGAGCGUGGAUUUGCCGAAAUUGAAGAGCCUUGGCGUUUGUACUAGGAUGGCGGCUUUUACUCAUUUCUUUGAAGAGUUUGUCGAAGCGCAGCCUCAGGUUGUCGUGGAGAGUUGA